AUGUGUAGCUCUUCCGUGCGAAAGGCUCUGGCGGAGGACCAGUUUCCGGCAGUGCCGAGGUGCCCUAGUGGUGAGAAUGAGAUUGAUCCCAGCGAUGGCUGGGAUCUGGAUUUCUGCAUGGAGGAGACGGUGCGGCCUGAGCUGCGCCUUUACUGCGGGACUCGCCCGGACGUGACACUGAGCUGCAAUGGCGGCCGCAAGCUCCUUGCUCAUCGCCGUGUCCUCUCAGAGGUCAGCUACUUCGAAUCACUCUUUGAAGGACACUUUGCAGAGCGUGGGACUGACCUGGUGAAGGUGGACGAGGACCUGGAUAUUUUCUUGGAAGUCGUUCGUUGGAUCUACUGUCGCAGUGCCACUAGUGACAAGGAUAUGGCACUGGAUCUGUUGCGCUUGGCAGAGUUCUACGGCAUCGAUGGCCUAAUAGAUCACGCGGCUCGAGUUCUGGCUUCACCAGCCCUGGGCACUGCCCUUAGAAGUUUGUUCGCUCGUCUGCUCAUGCUGACGGCUUAG